UUUUGUUUCUUUGAUCUCAGAGUGGCUUGUCGUAUUCUGUUCGCCUUUAUGGGAUCGUUUUAACGAUCGGAAGUAUUGUAAAUAUGGAUCCCCAUGAAGAUAGUGCCAGGUUGGAGUCGUUACGAGCAACAACGUCUAGAAAUAUGUCAUCGUUGUCGUCAGCAUUUUUUUCAGCGAAUCAAUCCCCGUUCUUCUCUCCAAGAUCUUCGUGUCAAUUGUCCGAAUCGACAAGGUCUGAUGCUCAAUGUGAUGGUAUUAAUUUAAGUGCUGAUCCACCAAGUUCUAGUUCUGGCAUUCAGGUUUCAGAAUGCCUUCCAAAUGUUGGUUUUCCUGACUUCCGGAAAUUUGAUAACGUGUCAUCUACAACUCCCGUCUCUAAUGGAAGCCGGUCUAGUUAUGAUCAUAUGGGCGACAACGGUUAUUUUGGCCCUACAAAGAAGCAUCGAAAGCAUAUGAGAAGCCAUGACGUGUCAUUUUCCGCUCUUCCAGUAUCGUUAUCCUCUGACCAAUGCAGAAGCUAUGAUGUAUACAUAGGUUUGCAUGGUGUCAAACCUUCCUUACUGAGGUUUGCAAAUUGGUUCCGUGCUGAGUUGGAAGUUCAAGGGAUAAGUUGCUUUGUAUCUGACAGAGCUCAAUUCCGAAGUUCUCGUAAGCAUGAACUCAUCGAGAGGGCAAUGAUUGUUUCUUCCUUUGGGGUUGUAAUUCUAACAAGGAAGUCUCUAAGUAAUCCAUAUACUAUUGAGGAGCUUAGGUUUUUUUCGAGCAAGAAAAAUCUGGUCCCAAUCUACUUUGAUUUGAAGCCUGAUGCCUGUCUUGUCCGAGAUAUAGUCGAGAAGAGGGGAGAGCUGUGGGAAAAGCAUGGUGGUGAAUUAUGGGUUUUAUACGGAGGAUUGGAGAAAGAGUGGAAGGAAGCUGUCAAAGGCCUCUUUCGAGUGGAUGAAUGGAAGCUAGAAGCGCAGGAUGGUAACUGGAGAGACUGCAUAUUACGAGCUGUUGCAGUUUUGGCAAUGAAGUUAGGAAGACGAAGCGUUGUAGAGCGAUUAACAAAGUGGAGAGAGAAGGUUGACAAAGAGGAAUUCCCGUUUCCUCGAAAUGAAAACUUUAUUGGCCGGAAGAAAGAAUUGUCGGAGCUAGAAUUUAUACUUUUUGGAGAUAUUACUGGAGAAUCCAAAAGGGACUAUUUUGAGCUCAAGGCUAGAUCAAAGAGAAAGAAUUUGACUGUUGGGUGGAGUAAGAGUGGUUCGGUGAAGGAAAGACGCAGGGAACAGCAUCGGGAGAGUGGCAGCCGGAAGGGUAAGGAACCUGUCAUUUGGAAGGAGUCUGAAAUGGAGAUUGAGAUGCAAAGUACCGAAAAACAACACUAUCAAAGACCGAAAGGUGGUGGACGGAGUUCACGGAGAAAGAGAUCAACAAAAAUUGUAUACGGAAAGGGCAUUGCCUGCGUAACUGGUGAUUCAGGAAUAGGGAAGACAGAGCUUCUUCUGGAAUUUGCAUACAGAUUUCACCAGAGGUAUAAGAUGGUUCUAUGGAUAGGAGGGGAAAGCCGGUGUAUUAGGCAGAACUAUUUAAACCUAUGGUCAUUUUUAGAGGUUGAUGUUGGGGUUGAAAAUUUCAUAGAUAAAAACAGGAUAAACAGUUUUGAAGAGCAAGAAGAGGCUGCCAUUUCUAGAGUCAGGAAAGAGCUAAUGAGAAACUUGCCUUUUCUGGUGGUGAUCGAUAAUUUAGAGAGUGAAAAGGAUUGGUGGGAUCACAAGCUAGUAAUGGAUCUUCUUCCUCGUUUUGGUGGAGAGACCCACAUUUUGAUAUCCACUCGCCUUCCGCGUGUGAUGAACUUAGAACCGUUAAAACUCUCAUUCUUGUCUGGUGUAGAGGCAAUGUCAUUGAUGCAGGGAAGUAUUAAAGACUACCCUAGCGCAGAGAUUGAUGUGCUUAGGAUCAUCGAGGAGAAAGUUGGAAGGCUAACAUUGGCCCUUGCCAUUGUCGGUGCUAUCUUAUCUGAGCUACCCAUAAACCCAAGCAGGCUACUGGAUACCAUCAACAGGAUGCCCUCGAAAGACACUUCAUGGAGCGGUAGGGAAGCUCAUUUGUUGAGGAAAAACACCUUCCUCCUGCAACUCUUUGAGGUGUGUUUUUCAAUAUUUGAUCAUGCAGAUGGACCAAGGAGCUUAGCUUAUAGAAUGGUCCUAGUGAGUGGUUGGUUUGCACCUGCUGCCAUUCCGGUUUCCCUUUUAGCCCUAGCCGCUCACAAGGUACCUGAGAAACAUAAAGGAACCCGCUUUUGGAGAAAAUUAUUGCGUUUCUUGACUUGUGGUUUUUCUUCAUCAUACUCCAAGAGAUCCGAAGCAGAAGCAUCGUCAAUGUUGUUGAGGUUCAAUAUUGCAAGAACUAGUACCAAGGAAGGUUACUUGCAUUUCAAUGAGCUAAUCAGAGUUUACGCUCGGAAGAGAGGAGUUACCGGUGUUGCACAAGCCAUGGUUCAAGCUGUUGUUAGACAUGGAUCAUUAUCCCUCCACUCGGAACAUAUGUGGGCGGCAUGUUUCUUACUAUUUGGAUUCUGUAAUAAUCCUAAAGUUGUUGAGCUCAGGGUGUCGGAACUGUUACACCUUGUCAAACAGGUGAUUUUGCCUCUUGCAAUUCGGACAUUCAUUUCAUUCUCUAGGUGCAGUGCUGCUGUCGAACUCCUCCGCGUAUGCACCGAUGCUUUGGAGGCAGCAGACCAGGCAUUCCUUACCCCAGUUGAGAAAUGGUUGGACAAGUCACUUUGUUGGAGGCCCAUCCAAACUAAUGCUCAAUUGAAUCCAUAUCUCUGGCAGGAGUUAGCACUGUUGAGAGCUACUGUGCUGGAAACUAGGGCCAAGUUAAUGCUAAGAGGGGGGCAAUUUGACAUCGGAGAUGACCUCAUCCGAAAAGCUAUUUUUAUUAGAACUUCAAUUUGUGGCGAUAAUCAUCCAGAUACUGUAUCUGCUCGUGAAACGCUAAGCAAAGUUACCAGGCUUCUUGCAAAUGUUCAAACUCAUCCUUCGUCAUAGAUUCUGCAUUUCUUGUUAGCAAAUUUAGCCUCAGAUUAUACAGAGUUUACAAAUAAAAACUUCUAUAAAGUUGACAGAUUUUCAUUUUUUAAGAAAUACCAUUUUAACUUUGAAUCAUAUUUCUCUCUCAAAAGGUAUGGAUUCACCGUAAUAUUUUCGGCUGCAUGAAUGAGCAGGAUCAUAGAACAUAUGGAAAAACCGGGACCUAAGGGGAACCUCACAGUAGUCAGGUUUGUCUCUUUUAUUACAUGCAUUGAAUUGA